CAUAUUAUUUUAAACUUCUUUCAAGUAUUAAAACAUUUUCUUAGAAAAAUGUUGCUCAAAUUUUCUAUCUGUGUUAUUUUUUUCAAUGUUUUUGGAGAGUUAAAUUCACAUCCAGCUGAAUCUUCUAUUACCUAUAAAACUGAAGUUAAACGAACUCCAAAAAGUAAAUCAAUCGAUUAUUCAAUUUGGCGAGGCGAUGUAGAAGUAUUUAAAAUUGAUAUUGCUGGAGGUGUUAACUUUGACGACGUAAAAAAAUGUGGAGAUAAUUGUUGGGAUUUCGAUAAAAUAUUUAUUAACAUCACAGAAAUAGACAAGGAUCACACUCGUAUUGAAUGGACAGUUCUAUCAGAUCCAACUAAUUUAACAUUAUCAGACUGUGUUUACUUGAAAAAUCACAGUUGGUUUGGUGGUCCGGAACAAAAAGAACAAUAUUGGCCACUUGAUGAGAUCAAACUUGACAAUUUUGCUUAUGUUACAAAGGAAGAUGGAAAUUGCGCUGUUAUCGAGCCAUAUUGGCUAUCCGAAACUGGUACUUAUAUUUACAUCGAUCCCGAAACACCGUUAUUUGUAACACAACAUCGAAAUCACGAUGAAAACGAUCAAGUGUGUUUCACAGCUAAAAUCGAUGGACCUUACAUUCAACGGAAAAAUUUAACACUCAUCUAUGACAUUGUUGUGAAAGAAAACUUAAAAGAGGCUCACAAACAUGCUGUGAAAACAUUCUUCGGUAAACCAACUGGAAUACCAAAUGCAAAAAUGUUUGAAGAACCAAUUUGGUCCACUUGGGCGAAAUUCAAACGUGACGUGAACACCACAGUCGUUGAUACAUUUGCCAAAGAGAUUCUUGCAAACAACUUCACAGGACAAUUCGAAUUGGACGACGACUGGGAAAUAUGCUACGGUGCAUUAGAAUUCCGUAAAUCGAAAUUCAAUGAUCCAAAAGCUGUUGUGAAAAAAUUACAUGAUCAAGGUUUUCGUGUAACACUUUGGGUCCAUCCAUUUAUCAACACAAAUUGUGAGCCAUAUUUUUCGGACGCAAAAAAGAAAGGAUAUUUAGUGAAAAAUGAACAAGGAGAAGUUGAAACACAAUGGUGGAAUAGUGGUAAAAGAGAAGCAUCCAUUGUUGAUUUUACAAAUGAAGAGGCAAGAAAUUGGUGGGCAGAACGUUUAUGGAAGUUGAAAAAUGAAACCGGUUUGGAUAGUUAUAAAUUUGAUGCUGGUGAAUCCAGCUGGACUCCUCAAAUUCCAGUUCUAUUUGGAGGAAAAAAUGAUACUUUGCUUAAAGUACCAAAUGCGUUCACCACUGAAUAUGUAAAAACAUGCGCUCAAUUUGGGGAUUUAAUAGAAGUACGAUCCGGUUACAAAUCACAAGAGUUGCCAAUAUUUGUACGUAUUGUGGAUAAAGAUACUCGUUGGGGCUUCGAAAACGGUUUACGCACUUUGAUUACGACGUUGUUACAAAUGAAUUUAGCUGGAUAUCCAUUAGUGUUACCUGAUAUGGUUGGUGGAAACUUGUAUAAAGGUGAUACAAUUACUGGUGAAUUGUUUAUUCGAUGGCUACAAGCUAAUACUUUUAUGCCAAGUGUCCAAUUUUCGUUGGUCCCUUGGGAUUUUAAAGAAGAAAAGAUUGAUGUAUUGGGAAUUUCCCAGAAAUUCGUGAAAUUACACGCUGAAUACACACCAGUGAUUAUUGAAGAAGCAAAGACAGCUAUUAAAGAAGGUAUCCCACUAAACGCACCUGUAUGGUGGGUAGCCCCAGAAGACCCUCAGACAUACCGAAUAAGUGAUCAAUUUUUGUUAGGUGAUAAAAUUUUAGCAGCUCCAGUUGUUGUUGAAGGUGCAGUGAAGCGAGAUGUUUAUUUACCAAGUGGAAAGUGGAAGGAUGGAAACAAUGGAAGUGUUUAUGAAGGAGGACGUACUCUUAAGGAUUAUCCAGCUCCAAUUGAUGUUUUACCAUUUUUCGUACGCCAAUAAUUUUUUUAGGAAAAUUUCUUGUGAAUAAAUUUUAAAUAAAUAUAAUUUUUUCUUACGAAA